UGCGGAGGGCCUCGGAAUCGGGAGAUAGGAUCGCUCACUGACAGGGCCUCCACCUUGCUCCAAGUGAAAGAGAUGCACCCGCUGGGCCUAUGUAAUAACAAUGAUGAAGAGGACUUGUAUGAAUAUGGCUGGGUAGGAGUGGUGAAGCUGGAACAGCCAGAACUGGACCCGAAACCAUGCCUCACUGUCCUGGGCAAGGCCAAGCGAGCAGUGCAGCGGGGAGCCACCGCAGUCAUCUUUGAUGUGUCUGAAAACCCAGAAGCUAUCGACCAGCUAAACCAGGGUUCGGAAGACCCGCUCAAGAGGCCAGUUGUGUAUGUGAAGGGUGCAGAUGCCAUCAAGCUGAUGAACAUCGUCAACAAGCAGAAAGUGGCUCGGGCAAGGAUUCAGCACCGCCCCCCUCGACAACCCACGGAAUACUUCGACAUGGGGAUUUUCCUGGCUUUCUUCGUCGUGGUCUCCUUGGUCUGCCUCAUCCUCCUUGUCAAAAUCAAGCUGAAGCAGCGACGCAGUCAGAAUUCCAUGAACAGGCUGGCUGUGCAGGCUCUGGAGAAGAUGGAAACCAGGAAGUUCAACUCCAAGAACAAGGGACGCCGGGAGGGGAGCUGUGGGGCCCUGGACACGCUCAGCAGCAGCUCCACAUCUGACUGUGCCAUCUGCCUUGAGAAGUACAUCGACGGAGAGGAGCUGCGGGUUAUCCCCUGUACUCACCGCUUUCACAGGAAGUGCGUGGACCCAUGGCUGCUGCAGCACCACACCUGCCCCCAUUGUCGACACAACAUCAUAGAGCAAAAGGGCAACCCAAGCACCGUGUGCGUGGAGACCAGCAACCUCGCACGCGGCCGGCAGCAGAGGGUGAUCUUGCCGGUGCACUACCCCGGCCGCGUGCACAGGACCAACGCCAUCCCAGCCUACCCUACGAGGACAAGUAUGGACUCCCACGGCAACCCCGUCACGCUGCUGACUGUGGACCGGCACGGGGAGCAGAGCCUCUAUGCGCCACAGACUCCCGCCUACAUCCGCGGCUACCCGCCCCUGCACCUGGACCACACCCUCGCCCCGCACCGCUGCAGCCUGGAGCACCGGGCCUACUCACCAGCCCACCCCUUCCGGAGGCCCAAGUUUAGCGGCCGCAGCUUCUCCAAGGCAGCUUGCUUCUCCCAGUAUGAGACCAUGUACCAACACUACUACUUCCAAGGCCUCAGCUACCCCGAGCAGGAAGGUCAGGCCCCGCCCGGCCUCACUGCCAGGGGCCCUACCCGUGCCUUUCCCCAGAAUGGCAGUGGCAGCCUGCUCUUCCCCACAGCGGUGCGCAUGGCCCCGCCCUCCCACCUGGAGAGCGGCAGCACGUCCAGCUUCAGCUGCUACCACGGCCAUCGCUCGGUGUGCAGCGGCUACCUGGCCGAUUGCCCAGGCAGCGACAGCAGCAGCAGCAGCAGCAGCUCGGGCCAGUGCCACUGUUCCUCCAGUGACUCGGUGGUGGACUGCACUGAGGUCAGCAACCAGGGUGUGUACGGGAGCUGCUCCACCUUCCGUAGCUCCCUCAGCAGCGACUAUGACCCCUUCAUCUACCGCAGCCGGAGCCCCUGUCGCACCAGUGAUGUUGGGGGCUCAGGCAGCUCAGGCCGGGGGCCUGUCGUGCGCCUCGAGGGUUCCCCUCCACCUGAGGAGCUCCCAGCAGCCCAUAGUCAAGGUGCUGGGCGUGGGGAGCCUUGGCCCGGCCCUGCCUCUCCCUUGGGGGACCAGUUGUCCACCUGCAGCCUGGAGAUGAACUACAGCAGCAACUCUUCCCUGGAGCACAGGGGGCCCAACAGCUCUACCUCAGAAGUGGGGCUCGAGGCCUCUCCUGGGGCCGCCCCAGACCUCAGGAGGACCUGGAAGGGGGGCCAUGAGGGGGCGUCGUGUGCCUGCUGCUGCGAGCCCCAGCCCUCCUCACUGGAACCCAGCGUGGGAGCGGCUGGGGGUAGCACCUUGUUCCUGGGCGCCCCCCUCUGUGAGGGCUGUGGCCCCACAGGCGGGGAGUCACAGCUGGGCAGCUCCCAGGGCCUGUAUGGCCUUCACCCAGACCAUUUGCCUAGGACAGAUGGGGCGAAAUAUGAGGGCCUGCCCUGCUGCUUCUAUGAAGAGAAGCAGGUGGCCCAAGGCGGCGGCGGGGGCGGCGGCUGCUACACUGAGGACUGCUCUGUCAGCGUGCAGUACACGCUGGCCCAGGAGCCCCCUCCCAGCUGCCCCCCGGGGGCCUGGGACUUGAGCCAGCGCAUCCCCAUCAUUCCCGAGGAUGUGGACUGUGACUUGGGCCUGCCCUCAGACUGCCAAGGGACCCAUGGCCUCGGCCCUUGGGGUAGGACGCUGGGCCCCGACGUCCUGCGACCCCACAGGGAUCUGGGGGGAGCCCAGGAAGAAGAGCGGGUUCUGUGCUGCCAGCCCAGGACACCACUGCUUCCUGACUGCCCUCUGGACGAGGCUGGGGCCACCAGGGCCGGCUUCCCCAGUGCCUCCCAGGACAUUCAGGAGUCUAACACCACAGCCACUGAGGCUGCAGGACAGACAUCUCGCCCAGCAGACAGCGGUGGCACAGGAGCCUGAGCCCAGAAGGAACUCUUAUGUGGAAAUGGGAACUGUACGGAGACGCCAAACUCUGACUUCCUUCAGAAAAAGAAAAAAAAAAUUUUUUUUUUUUUUAGCUUUGACAAACACACAAAAGUGGUAAUAAAGAGAGCCCUCCUUCUCAACCCAAAAUGUGAGCCCUCUGUGGCAACCUCCACCUCCCCCCCAUUAACAAACCAACAGACAAAAUUCUCUGAGUCUUUGCCUCUUUUGAUAACAUGUUAUUCUAUUUUGUAAAGUGUGUGUGCUUGGGGUUCUGAGGUGUGUGGGAUUGAGUUCUCGGCUUUGUUUUUUAAGAUAUUAUAUGUAAAUGUAAAAAGUUAUUUAAAUAUAUAUUUUAAAGAACCCUAACCGCCAACUUUUGCUGGAAAAAAAAAAAAUCACUGCUGCAUUAAUUGAACCACAUCAUGUGUAGAUACUGUUGUCUCCCCUGAAGGGAGCUCAGGCCUUUAAAAAGCUCAGGGCUACACCUGCCUUAGAAAAUGAACCAGAAACUUGAAGUAAAGCUAGUCGAUAUGGGUACAAACUCUGAAGAACAAUGCAAUGCUGCCUCUUUCUUUCUCGUGGCAAAUCCCAACAUACAAAAUUUCAGGCCUUCUCGGAAGCCAUGCUUCUCCAGCCCACACCUUUAGGCAGCUGAUGGAAACAGCUAGGAAUAGGUGCAAGGUCUGCAGCACUAGGGGGCCAGGGCAAGCCAUUGCUAUGGAAGCCCCUGGGGUACAGGGAUGAUUCUGCCCAGUGUCCUCAGUCUGUCCCCAGGAGUUAUCGUCCUAAGGUAAAGGCCAGGGUUCCUGGUGCUGAUCUUGGGCUUCCUACAACUGGCUGCAGAAAUAGUUUGACGGGGUAUGCGGCGACAAACACCUAGGAGGAACGUAGUUUGCAGCCUUGGCAUCUGAUGGGACUGAGAACAGAAGGCACACGGGCGCUGCUGCGUCCUUGGGCUGCCUUCCUGGAGGCGCAUGGCUGGUACCCCAUCGGGUCUGCACCAAGCUGGGUUUGAAUGAUAACGUUUCCUGUCUCACUUCCCUACUGAGGCACUGCUUCAGGGUUAUUCAGCCCUCUGCCUCAUGGCUGAAGUUGCUCAUCUCACCUGCAAAUGUCUACUAUCCUUUCUACCUAAUGCACUAUUAUGUAUUGAUCCUCCAGGAGACAGAGAAAGAGACUAUCAGAUAGUUUAGACCCAAAGGGUAGGUAGGUUUUUGUAUAUUUUUCCAGCCUUUGGUUUUUUUGUUUUUUGUUUUUAAGAGGGAGGGAGAAUUUAAAAACCCAAGUCAUUUUUUAAAAGAUGUUUCCAUUUUAAAAGGGAGAAUCUAUUUAAAGGUAUUUCACAUCAGGGAUUGUCACCCUUUUGGUCCAAUGUAUUUCUUGUCCUUAAAAUUUUUUCUUAGAAGAAACUAAUCACAUUCGCCCCAUGUUCACUAACUUUCCUGGUCACUUUUAUUCAUUUACCCCGCAGAUAUUGGGUGCCACCAGAAAAGCUCGUUUGCGAAAUAGGAACCCUGGGAGCUGGCCCCCUUAUAGGUGGAGGCAUGGUCCUCUGCAGUGAGGCUCAGGGGAAGUUGCCCCAGGGUCCAGACCAGAACUUUCUGAGUGAGAACCUCACGCCAUCGGAAUCCUUUUUUCUUAAAAACCGCAGCCUGUGAUGAGGAAAUUUACUUACUUCUAGCCAAGAUUUGACAGGAAAUUCCAGUGUCAAAUGAUUGAGCCAUUUGCCAUUUAGGAACUCCCUGUGUUGAGAUUUGUCCUCCAACCUCUGAGGUGCAGUCCCUUGGGGGCCACUCCUCCCCCCGCACCCCCAUCCCACCCCCCACCCCCGGGCCUGUGCCCAGCACACCUGUUGGCGAGGGUGUGAGAAGCGCCUAAGCUGUUGACAUGUGAUCUGGGCCGCCUGUAUUUCUCAGGCCAGGAGCAGCAGCUGCUGAGGACAACAGCUUGCGUUACAUGGCUUUGGGGAAGCCGGGUGGGGGUCUGGAUUGUAACAUGUACUGCAAGGAGCAGCUUCUCAUUGUUGAGAUUUUUUUUUUACUUGUUUAUGGUUUUGUUUGUCUUUAAUGCCUUGGAGUGCAUAUUAUCUUCCUUGUCUGAAACCAUACCCCCAAAGUGGCUUUCUUUAGCCCUAGCUGGAAAAUCACUCCUCAGCAGCCUGAAGCAACGAGUAGAUGGAUAGAGAAUGUGGCCUCAACAGGGCUUAUUAAAAUAAAUGUGUCUGAUUUUCAUUUGAAAGAACAAUCACUACAGAGGACAAAAGAAGCCCAUUUAAUGUCUGUAGUUGACAGGAUGGUAGAAACAGAAAACUGAAAUUUUGAAACUUUAUUAGCCAUUAUCUUAAAUUGGUGUUGGCUCAUCAGACAGGGAGGUCACCAGAAUAUAGUAACCAGCUAUAUUAUUGCCUCACCAUUUAAAUAAAAAGAAAUGUCUUCUGUGAAGUAAGACCCCAAUAACGAUGACUAGUACCUUUUUCAGUGUCCCCUCAGUGGUGUGGGGGGGCAUAUAGCUGUGGAAGCCAGGAGAUUGCAUUUUCCAUCGAGAAUCCACCCCCACCCACCUCAAGCCAGGGUGUGACCACUGGGUGUGGUCCCCUGGCCCAGCCCCGAUGUAGGACUGCCAUGUAAACUGAAGAGUGCUAGAACCAGUUAAAAUUGGGGGGAGGGGGGCAGAGCUCUGAUCAACAAGGUACCUCUUUACAGACACAGCCCCAGUAUGCUGGCUUUCACUCUCAGUCUCUUUCCCCCUCUCUGAACCCAAGCCAUUUUUUAAAGCCCCAUCUGCUGUCCCACUGCUCAGACGCUCCCUUUUGUGCUGCUAGUUUCUACUCAGAAGUUCAUGCAGGACUAAUGCUUUUGAAAUGAGGUCUAAAAAAAUAAUGACUAAUCCAGAGUAUUAUUUUUUAAACAGAACUGCCUUUUUCUAUUCUUUAUAUAAACUCUAUUGUGUUGGUCUAACAAGGCACUAUUUUUAAAUGUUUUUUAAAAAAUUUAUCCCAGAGCACUUAAAAGAUAUUUUGUAAAGACUUUGCUGUAAAGAUUUUGUAAUAAAAAUGGUCUAAGGGCUCCUCCAACAUUACCAUUUAAAAAAAAAUGUUUUAAAGGCUAGAAAACAACUUAUGUAUAUUCUGUAUAUGUAUAGCAGCACAUUUCAUUUAUGGAAAUAUGUUCUCAGAAUAUUUAUUUACUAAUAUAUUUAUCUUAAGCCAUGUCUUAUGUUGAGAGUGUGACAUUGUUGGAAUAAUCAUUGAAAAUGACUAACAUGAGGCCCUGUAAAUACAUGAUUAAUUGCACACAGAUUUUACAUAUUUGCCGACCAAAAAUGAUUUAAAACAAGUUGUAGUCUUCUAUGGUUUUGUAACAAAUUGUACAAAUGACUGUAAAAAAAAAUACAAUUUUAUCAAGUA